AUGUGGUUUUUGUAUACUGCCGGACACGGUGUUUGGAUUUUUUCAAUUUGUCCGCUCAAAACACGGAAGCUUCGCUUUCUCUUACCUAGUCGCCUCGUAAUGAAACUUGGAGCUAUUCUGGUGAUAGUAACCUUUCUUUUGACAAGAAUACGUCAUGGAUUAGCAGCAUGCACUAGUGGUUCUAUUAGACUCGUGGGUGGCACUAGUACCAGUGAGGGACGUGUUGAAGUAUGCAGUAGUGCUGGUGCAUGGGGAACGGUUUGUGAUGACUACUGGGAUAACACUGAUGCAAGUGUUGCCUGUCGUCAGUUAGGAUAUGAAUCAGGAACUGCUUUUGGUAGUGCUUACUUUGGACAAGGAACAGGUAGUAUUGUCAUGGAUAAUGUACAUUGUACUGGAACUGAAUCCACUCUUAUAAGCUGCACUCACUCUACCAAUCACAACUGUAAUCAUGCUGAAGAUGCUGGAGUAAGAUGCAUUGGUAAGAAUAUGACAAAAAUUAAUUAUUAAAAAAACUUUUGAUGCACACACAUGAUGCAGCAAUAUUCUGCACCUUGUAGGUUGGUACACAAUUAGAAACUGAGAUUAAAGUAACUACAGCUAUGAUGCUGUAUUCUUUUCUUGUUAAAAAAUUUUUUUGUAAAUUUUGUGACACAUCCUCCAUUUACAAAAAUUUACAUAAGUUGAGAUUAAAGUAACUACAGCUUUUCUUGGAAAAAAAUAUUUUUGUAAAUUUUGUGACAUCCUCACAAAAAUUUACAUAAAAUAAUUAAUUAUUUAGUACUCAUUGUUAAUGUUUGCAAGAAAUAGUAAAAUAAUUUUAUUUUGGAGCAUUUUAAAGCCUAAAAUCAACUACCAUUCCACACACGUCACAUUGAUUCAAUUUUUCCUCUGCAAUAAUAAGACAACUUUAUUCAACUAUUAAUUAAUCUUAAUACGAAGAGGUACCAUGGUUCAACAUCACUGACCACAAAUUUAGUAGAGCUUGAACUAAUGCAAGAUUUUAUUGGCUAUAAUAUUUCUUUUUUAGCAUCACUACUUUUGUUCCAAUAGUCUCACCAGACAU